GUAAACAGCUUUCGAUCGGAUCAUUAUUUUAUAAUUAUAAAUAUAGUUUCAGAUUAAAUACAAGCUUUAGUAAAUUCUUCUUAUUUCUUACCAGCACAUCGACUAUUGCUACGUUAAAUAGAUUCCAUUUCACGGUAGACCUAAAUCGUCGUGUCAUUAAAAAUGGUGUUACAAGAAGAUGUUCAGAGGAAGUUUGAGAUGACUCAAAAACUAAUGGAAAUUUAUGAAUGGUUAUUGAAUAUGUAUCUCUUGGACUUUUAUGUUGACCAGCAAUGGGAUACUCUUCCAGAAUCCUGGUGCGAAAGUCUUCAAGCUAUGGAUCCCGAAGACAUGGGAACCCUUCUAUCAGGUGCACCAACAAAACAUAUGCUACCAUUAUCUUUUUUGUCAUUAGUUAAAUGUGCCCACACUUUAAGCAUAUCUCGAGAAAGAAAUAUUAACUGUAAACCUAAAAAUUUAGAAGAAUUUCCGCAAUCCGAGAUUGGUAAUAAUCCUAAAUUAAAGAACCUGUUCUUGAAACAUGUGAAAUUAAAGAAAAGGCACGAAAUAAAUUUAAUGGCCGAGAUUGUUAAUGAAACAGCAAAAAUAAGUAAUUGUGGAGCCGUUCUGGAUUUUGGUUCUGGUUUGGGGCAUCUCAUGCGGGUUUUGAGUUAUAAAUACGAUUUACACACAAUGGGAAUCGAAUGUCAGUCACAAUUAACAGAGCAAGCUAGAACUUUCGACUUGGAACUAGAGUACACAGCAAGGAAGCAUCUGUCAGAAGAGUUGAUGUCUAAACUUAAGCGACCUACGCAUUUAAACUUAACAUUAACAUCUCCUGAGCAGUUGCUUCAGCUGCCUUUAACCGCUAAUAUUACAGAGUAUGGCUUAGUCGGUCUUCACCCGUGCGGUGAUUUAGGACCGUUGUUGCUUAAACAUUUUGUUAAUUGUGAAAGGGUUAAGUUUAUUUGCAUUGUUGGUUGUUGUUAUAUGAAGUUAUCAUGCGAUUCUGAACCUUAUGGAUAUCCAAUGAGCGAAUAUGUUAAGAAGUUGGGUAGUAAACUAUCUUAUAAUAGCAGAGAGAUAGCUUGUCAUGCUAUUGAGACAUAUUCCGAACGAUUACUGAAGGGGCAAUAUGAUUAUUUAAAGAUCCAUGCGUUCAGAGCUGCACUGGAGAAGGUGUUAGUGGAACAUGAUCCCGCAUUGAAGCACUCCCCUGUUCGGAGCAUUAAACACUCAAAUACCAUGACUUUUGAAAGUUAUUGCAGUGCUGCGCUGUCACGGCUGGACGUAACAUUGUCCGAUAGCGCGGUGUGCGCGGGCGAGGCAUAUUUGUCGCAAUGGCGGCUCGUCGUGUUGCUGUACUCACUGCGGCUGCUUCUCGCGCCGCUCGCGGAGACUCUCGUGCUUCUCGACAGAAUGCUCUAUGUCCUUGAACAUGGUCUACAUUGCGAGAUACGGCCCGUGUUUGAUCCGAAGAUAUCACCACGCAAUCAUAUUAUCAUCGGCAGAAGAAUGUAAUUUUUUUCUUAAUGUAAUAAAACUAUAUGAAUCAUCAAAUAUAGUCUAUGCUUAAAAUUAUUAUGACUU